AUGAUGAUAGAAGCUGGAGCUAGAGUGAAUGUGGCUGAUGAUCAUGGCAGAACACCACUGCACUAUGCAGCACAGGCAGGAAAUUAUAAGUAUGUGAAAGAACUCCUCAAAGCUGGAGCUGAUGUUAAAGCAAUGGAUAUGGAUGGUGCAACACCACUUCUUAUGCAAAGCAGUUGUAACUGUCAUGAGGUUACCCAGUUACUGGUUUGUGCAGGAGCUGAUUUGACAGCCAGUGCUAAAAAUUGCAGAGAAUCAUACAUCGUGCAUCUCAAGUUGGGAGCACCACAGACAUUGACUAUCUUUUUGAUAUCUGGCCUUCAACCUGAGGUAGUGAUAACCAGGGCAACACCAUUCUACACUUUGCAACCACAUGUAGCAGAAACAGACGAUGAAGUAGAGAUCUUGCUGCGAGCAGGAGCAAAUCCCACCACUAAGGACAACAAAGGGAAUACACCAUUACACAUUGCAUCCAAUGUCGGCAAUGCAAAGGUAAUGGAGCUCUUGAUCAAGGCUGGAAUAGAUUUCACUCUGAAGGAUGUCAUAAAUCAAACAUCCCUGAAGUGGACAUCCAGUGUUGAAGGGGUGGAACAUGCAGACCAUGUAAGAAAUCAGAGAAAAGCAGCAAUAAUUGAUGAAAAGAACAAUGAGGGCCAAACACCACUACUGUUAGCAGCAGGCUGCAGAGAUGCAGUCAGCUUGCUCCUGAGGGAAGGUGCAAGUAUUAGUGUGAAAGAUCACAGUGGGAAGACACCUUUGCAAGUAGCCAUUAACCAAGGCAGUCAUCGUGCUGUAAGACUGCUAUGGGCUGCAGGAAGCAACUUCCUUGACAUCCCACAGGAAUGUCGCAACAGAGCAGUGCAUUUAGCAGUAACAUCAGGAGAUUUAGAGGUGUUGGAACAUUUGAUUUCUUUGGGACUAUCUAUGUCAGAUAACUGGUGGGAUCCUGAUCACAAGACAACAUUGCUUCAUUGUGCAGCAAAAUGUAAUGUGGAAAUGCUGAAGUAUCUCAAAAACCAAGAUUAUAUGGAACAUUUCCUAGAUUACAAAGGACGCACUGCAUUGCAUUGUGCAGUUUUGUCAUCAAAUCACAUAGUAGCAAAGUAUUUGCUGGAAGAAGCACAUGUUCUGGUUGAUGAGAGGGAUGCUGAUGGCAUGACAGCUUUAAUGUUGGCAGCCAGCAACAUGCAAUAUUAUGACAAACAAUUUGAUAUGUUUGAGAUUCUGGUAAAUGAAGGGGCAGAUGUUAAUAUUAGAGACAGAAAUGGUAAGGCUAUAUACGAAAUGGUAGAUUAUACUAGGGCUGAUAUGACCAAAGAACUACUGGAUUACAUGCAGUAUCGACUUUAA